AUGAUGAUAAAAGACAACUUUCUUGCUGUUUGAUGUCUAUGGUGCCUACCGUUUCAUCUCGUUCAAUUUGUUUUGAAUUUUUCCACGUGACGAUAUAAUAUUGCACAGUGAAAGACUAUCUUGUGUGAUUAUAUAGAAAAUGACGCGUUAUUCAAGAAAGAAAGGUAAUCAUGGUUAUUCUGCCAAACGAAAGCAAUUAAAAGUCAAACGUAGAACCAAAGAUUUGGAUGAAAUUGAUAAUGAUUUAGAGCCUCAAAAUGCAGAAAAUUUAUUAAAUCAGCCUAUAGAUUUAGAUGUCGCAGGUUCAGCUCAACAUUAUUGCCUACAUUGUGCGAGAUACUUUAUAGAUGACAAUGCUAUGCAGGCACAUUUUAGGACAAAAGUCCAUAAAAGACGGUUAAAGGCUAUGGAAGCAGAACCUUAUACUGUAAAGGAAGCAGAAGCAGCUGGAGGUAUAGGAACUUACGUUGCUCCAAAAAAGAGAAAAAUGGAAACACAGAAAAGCAAAUAAAAUAAUUUAUGUAUA